UCGCUCAACUUGCUUUAUGUAAUAGACCCCCUGAAUUCUUUGCGUCGAGUUAACCUGUCAAUUUAUUGUGGUUUGUUGUCAUUUCUUGUUUGUAGUUCAAAAUGGUCGUCUACGGUAUAGAAUGUUUGAACAAAAUUUCAGAAUAUCUCGAGGUCACUCCUGGGAAACUACAAAUAAUCGACAAUGUUGUUACUUUGAAGAAUCAUAACCUUGAAAAUGAAGACGUUAAAGGCUUUGAGACGAUAUUAUUGUAUUUGGCCAGCGUGUCGAAGUAUUCCGAAAUACUGGGGCUUGAUUCCGUCGUAAAGGCGCAGACUCGACAGUGGUUGGAGUAUGCGCAGCUUUGCGUUAAUUAUUCAGACGUCGCAGCAAAUGCAAAAAGAAUUUUAAAGGAGUUAAAUACCGCAGUGAAGAACAAUACAUACAUUUGCGGGACGCAGAAAACAUUAGCGGAUCUCGUUCUGUAUUACGGGAUGUACACGAUUCUGAGUGGACUUACGCAUCAGGAAAAGGCAGCUUACAUCAACGUUUCUCGGUGGUUUGAUAACAUGCAACAAGAAAAAAAAUUGAGGCAGGAUUUGAAACUAGUCGAUUUCAAAUUGCUCCAUUUACUUGUGUAAUGAACCUGUGACGUGACGAGUUUAUUUAAUAUACCUUUAUUUAACAAGUCCAA